CGUCCUCAUCGCACUUGAUUGUAUUUAUUGCAUUUAUUGUCAGCUGUUACGACUGUUACUUAAAAUUUAUUGCAGAUAUUCGUUCUUAUUUCUGUUAUAAGAACCGCGUGAUAUUAGAAAAAUAAUCUUGUCAAAACCUAGUAUUGAUUAAAAACCAUGCAGAAAUGAAUAGCGCUUUGCUAAACAACUUUCCCAAUCUUUGCCGGGGCUGCCUUAAGCACCUUCCUUCCGAUCAGCUUGUUUCAUUAGAUUGUGUCCCUAUCGGAUGCAAUGGUUAUUCCGUCGCGGAAUGCUACGCAGAGUUUGCACCGGAAGUCGUACAAGACGACAGUAAUAUGUUCCCAUCGGAAGUUUGCUACAAUUGCUUGAACGAGUUGAUAGCUUUUCUGAGCUUCCGGAAGCGGCACACGUUUCUGUCGAAGUUUAUCGCUGCGAUGGCCCAGUUACGCCAGGGAAAACAAACGUUAAUGGUGGAUUUGUUCUUCGCCGAUAAGGAUUACAUGCAACAAGUGCUUCAGGAGUUGGAACUUUGUGAGGGUAAAUUUCUGCUGACUGAUUUAGUUGACAGUGUGGAGGAAAUAUCGAAGGAGGACGUUAAAAGCGAUCUAUCUAUAGAGGAACUAUACUUGGAUGAUUUUACAGAAGACGAUGAUAAAUUCGUCGAAGUGGAAAUUAAAAGUGAAGAGGAAAUAGAUGACUAUUCUGACACGGAACAGCCGAUAGAAUUCGUUGAAAUAGCACAUAAUGUAGUUCAAGAUACUCCUAAAAAAUUGGUCAACGUUUCUAAGUGUUUGGUAAAUGAUUCUCAAAAGCAGAAAACCUCCAUGCGACCUAGAGGUCGACCAAAAGGUCAGAAAGCAAAAAUCACAGAAGAGAAACAAACCAAAGAGAAAGAGCUAGUCUCGUUUGAUAAAAUGUUUCCUGAAGUGAUCAUUCCUUUGACGGAUAUAAUGGAUGAAUUAAAAAAUAGGAAAGAUUCAGUACUUUUGUUUGACAAAGAUUGCCACAAGUCGUUUGAUAAUCAUCAAAACAAAUUUCGACAGAAGAAAACCAACUACGUUUGUCCUGAAAGAAUGUGCAAAAAGAAGGCAUUCGGUACGCGUGCCGAAUUGGUUCAGCACAGGAAAAAGUUUCACCGCAAAAAUGUUUGCGAAAUUUGCGGGGAAACUUUUGUCAGUUUGUCAGGGUUGGUGAACCACAUACAACGCCACGUUCGUCCUACUUUGCAGUGUUCAUACUGUGAUCUUACAUUGUACACCAAGACUGAACUACAGCAGCACAUGCAGCGACGGCAUAUAAAAAACAAGGAAACCGCUUGCUCCAUAUGUGGGCUGUAUUUUGCAGACAAUCGUAUUUUGAAAACACAUAUGGAAACACACUCGGCUGAAAGAAAAUUCAGUUGUGAAUUUUGCGAAUCAACGUUCAAAACAAAAAUUCACAAAGGGCGCCACAUUGAUGAGGUACACAUGAACAAACGGUACACCUGUCCACAUUGCCAGAAUUCGUACGGUCGCAAGGAUAAAUUGCGAAUGCAUUUGGAAGCAAAGCACAAUAUACAGUCUUACUUUGUGUGUGACAUCUGUUUGGCCACGUUCAACACUCAGGACAAGUUGGAUGACCAUAAAACGCGUCAUGAAAAUCCUAAAACGCUGGAAUGUGCUAUUUGUUUGCUGGCGUUUGAGAAUCGGAAGAACUUCAAAACUCAUUCUUGCAUCUCCUAUCGUGACGAUUAUGUUUGCUGUGGUCGAGAUUGGAAGCAUCACCACUAUUACAACAAGCACCAACUGCUGGUACAUGGUGUAAAGACCAACGUGCGGGUUAAGCCUGAUCCAAACAACCUUAUAGGCGCAAUACGUGCCAAGCGGAAACAACAAAUUCGAUGUACAAAAUGUGAAAAACCAUUUCCUAGUCGAAUUAAGAAAAAACUGCAUGAGCAAACAUGCUCGGACAGCUCACCGUAUAGUUUGAAGUCGGUUCUGAUUGAUCAGUGAAACAAAACAAAAAUUAACAACAUUAUAUCAAACGAUUAAUUCGUACAUAUUCUUCUUAAAGGACAUUUUUAGUUCAUUUCGCAGGUACUUUUUGCAGGUAAAUCGGAUCUAACCCCAAUAACAAGAAAUUUAAAAAUGGUAGCUUUUAAGUACAAUGUUGCCCUAAUACGCCAACGUGAUCAGAAAUUUGAAAUUGAUGGUAUGGAUAUUGUCUAUGAUUGGAUUCAACAGGACAAACAAAGACAAAUUUGAGAAUUAUUUUAAAGGAGCAUUUUUGAGAGGCUUAAACUUAAAUUAAACGUUGUUUCAGCAAAUUUCGCCUCUACCUCUUAGGAUACCGAUUUUCACCUCGAAACAGCUGAAUAUUGGCGGAGUGAUUCGAUCGGUCCAAACCCCCAAAUAAAGUUCGCUUAAUCAAUGGCAAUCAAAAUAAAUAUUUUUCUUAGAUUCAAAGUUUAUAACAAUUACUGUUGAAAUGGGUAGGAAGCACAGUAGUUAUGAAAUUAUUAAACUGAAAGCAUUUUCCUAUUUGUAAAUUAUAUGGCUAUAUUUAGUUAUAUUUCACAUGCUGAAACAUUUCGUUCAUGCCAUUGAAGUACAGGCAUGCAUUAUUCCUAAAAGCUCAAGCUACCAGUCCCGCCAGUGGUAGUCGCAUCGGCGGAAGCUUGUGGUUGAUUUUGCUGACUGCAAACGGCCAUAUGUUGCAACUUAAGCGCCCUGGAUGGAAAAGCGAUGUCGCAUUUGCGACACUGCUCCAGUCGCUUCCGGGCCGCUCUGAGCUCACCCAACAGUACGCCCGGGAUUGGCUUUACCCGCGCAUUUGUUCGCAGACCAUGUUUCACCAUCAUAUGCUUAUUGUAUUGGAUGUAGUUGCGCAGAUCCUUGUUACAGCAUUGGUAAUCCUGCCGAUAUGUUAUGCACAGGUGCUUAUUGAAAUCGUCUUGAUUCAGGUGCAAAGUAAGACAGACACUACAUUCCAUUGGUUUGGGAUUACUGUGACGACUCUUGUGAGCAUCCAGUUUUUGCUUGCUGUCGUACGUGAUAACACAUAUGUCACAAAUAAAAGUGCAUUGUAUCUGAAAAGUAUGAAUAAAAACUGAAAAUUGUUUGCAACUGAA